AUGGCUGCAUUCAAGCAGCCUCCCUUCUACCCUGUGGAGCUUGGGGGAUGGGCUGCCCAGGAGCUUGGGGGAUGGGCUGCCCAGGUGCCACAGAGGGCUGCUGCUGAUGCCACCCUUGAGGGGCUGGAGGCUGUGUUCCUCCAGGAGGUCGGGCUCUUCGCUGACACCUUCCCCGGGGAGACCAGCUACCCCUUUGGCAGCCAUAUGUUAACCAUUGCCCAGCACUACAGGGCCCAACUUGGGGUGGCAGAACCCCUCUGGGAGGCAGCUCUAACCCUGUAUAAAUAUUUUGAGGAGCAGAAGGGAGAUGUAAUGACCAUUGAGCUCCCCCUGGCCUCGAAGCAGAUGCAGGAGAACUUCCACAGGAAUAUGCCUGCAGAUCAUUCGGCUCGGGCCCAAACUGACUUCAUCAUAGGUGUAGACAUAGUCUGCCUGAAAGACAUGUACCCCUUGCUAAUCAGGGCCCUCCAGCACCUGGGUGGCCAGCAACCAACUAAGGCUGGCAUGCAUAGAAGGCAGUGUGAGAAACCACCACCUGAUGGCUGGAUCACAUGGCAGGUCAGCAAUCUCAGCUAAACAGGAGCUCUGGCUGGGCCAUACACAUGUGAAGUACAAAGUGACUCCAGAGUGGUACCACGGUCUGCUGUGAAGCUUGGCCGCAUCUGUACCAGAGUUUGUUGUGGACACAUCCUGACUCAUCCCAGAUGUGGGCGACCACGUGAGACCAGUUAACCCUGAGCCAGAGUCACAGAGGUCCCGACCCAGACUGUGGAUGGCAUCAAUUCCUGUAAGAUCUAUCAAAAUACACCACAACAGGAGGGAUCAGAGGUGUUUACACGUGUCCAGCUGCCAUAAAAAUGUCACCAUGUUGGUCUAACUUUCUUUAGCUCAUUGGCUUUGGAACCUCACCUCCGUGCUCAGUGCAAGGGCUGCACCAGAGACUGCACAAACUCUCCCUUCAUUUAAAUAGCAAAAUGAAAACACAGUAUUGCCGUAUAGCUUUGCUGUGCGCUGCCCUAUCCCAACCCACACUGGGGUGUAAUUGUUCUUCACCCUCUACCUGGUCAAACCCCCACCCGUCCAAGAACAACAGCACCGCAUGGCUUCCCGGGGAAGGAGACUGUUUGAAGUUAAGACACAUAUAUUGAAAACUGACUUUUACAGAAGUUCUUUAUUUUACUGUAUCAGCAGUGUAAGGAAGAGGAGAAAAAAGGAGAUGGAUUAUGGAAAGGCAGACCACGUUGCUGGAGCAUAUGGCCUGCUAAGUUUGCACUGCAGUAUGACGGCUCAUACAACUCUAAAAUGCUAACAAAGUUCAAUUCAGUGUAUUCUGAUGCUUUGUUUACAAAAGUAAUUUGAAAAUGUGGUGGCAUUUGUGGGUCUGUGGCUUGGACCCUCCUUUCUAUUGCAAAGCACCCACGUCAUAACAGCCACCCAGGCACAAUAACAGCAUCAAAACAAGCACUGUGCUAAAAACACCGCAUUCCAAACCACACCCGCAGUGUGGUAAUUACAAAGAGGUAAUGUGAACUGAUGUUAAUAAAUGCUUUAAACAAAGACGUAACUUUUCUCGCAAGUGAGCCCUAGAGUCCAAGUAGGAGCGCAAUGCGUCCCGCACUAUGUCCUGAGUGGCUGCAUCAGUCCAUAAAGGCCUCCUCUCUGGCUGUUCAAAAUGCUCACCAAGCAUUCCUGCUUCCUGCACCCAUCCAUAUGUCAGGCUCUCCCCCUUGCUCUCGCGAAGGCUGUGCGGUGGUCUUUAUCCAGCCUUGAUGUCAGGACCCAGUCUUCCAAAGGCACAUUACCCAGUCAUUCUGCAACUCCUCAGGGUGCAAGUGAACAGUUCCUUUCUCCUUUCCAGUUGUCUAGUGAAAAGCUUCCUAAGCCAGGGGAGCAGAAUGACAGGAGGGAAGGCGAUGCCACUAAUAUCCAUGUAGAUACUGGGUGCAAAGGUACCAUUUGUCACUGCAUGGAAAGUGCAGACAUUUAAAGAUCCUGGCAUCAUGGACCUUUCCAGACCACCCCACAUUAAUACUGGUGAGUCUUCCACAGUGGUCAAUCAGGCCUUGCAGCAUCAUGGAGCAAGGCCUUGGUGUUGCUCAAUUCUGAGGCUUGAUGCGGGGGAGCGGGGAGAAUAGACAUGUAGGUCCCAUCAGUGGCCCCUAUGCAUUUAGGGAACCCCAACCAUGCAAGACCCUUAAUAGCUGCCUGCACAGAGCCUAGUUUUAUGUCCCAGGGGGACAGACAGCACCUUCUUGAUAGUGGCACAGACCUCUGUUACAACAGCCCAACUGUUGAUCAACUCUAAACCAGUCAGCAACUAACUGGCAGCAGUCAGGGGAUGGGGGAGGGGGGCGAGCUUCCAAUUGUGAUGCUCUGUGACCUUAUUGACUUGAACUGGGACCAUAUAGAACAUUGUUGCAACCAAGGUCUGUAGUGGCACCAAAUCUUGUAUAAAGGGGGUCAAAUAAGGUGUCUAAGACAAGGUUGUGGUUUGCUGGUUAUGAUUAUGCUGUUUGCAUGUAUCAUUUUUGUAUUUAAAGAUAUAAGUAUUGGAUCUAUACGGUUUGUAUUUCAAACUUGUGCUAUGCUUCUGGUUGACACCCCAGACAAGUUGGUGUCAGCUCUGCCCAGCCUGCCUGAUGGCCCAUUAAGGACCAUCAGCUAUACAACUGACCCAUUGGGAGAAGGCAGAUACACCUUGUGACUCAGCAAGGCAUGCAGGGACAUGCCUAUGGGACAGAACAGGUUUUUCCAUGCCAUGUAAUGGACAGCUUGUCUUUGAAACAAAGAAAGAAAGACCACAUGGCAAGAGAAUAUAAAAAGCUGCUGCAGCUCCUCCAUCUUGUCUUCAAUCCUGCUUCAUACCUCUAGAGGGACUUUGCUACAAACGGAAGCUCUACACAAAGGACUGAUGACGCAUCUCAGAUGUGGAUGUUCUCCAGAGACUUGACUUGAACCUGAAGUUUAUUCUAUCGCUGCUACAAGCCUGAACCAAGAACUUUGCCAUGACUGUAUGUAAUUGAUUCCAUUUAACCAAUUCUAGCUCUCACCUGUAUCUUUUUCCUUUUAUGAAUAAACCUAUAGAUUUUAUAUUCUAAAGGAUUGGCGAUAGCGCGAUUUGUGGGUAAGAUCUGAUCUGUAUAUUGACCUGGGUCUGGGGUUUCAUCCUUUGGGAUCGAGAGAACCAUUUUUCUUUUACUGGGGUAUUGGUUUUCAUCACCAUUUGUCCGCAUAACGAGUGGCACUGGUGGUGAUACUGGGAAACUGGAGUGUCUAAGGGAAUUGCUUGUGUGACUUAUGGUUAGCCAGUGGGGUAAAACCGAAGUCUUCUCUGUUUGGCUGGUUUGGUUUGCCUUGGUGUGCAUAGAAACCCCAGCCUUGGGCUGUAACUGCCCGGCUUUAAGCAAUCUAUCCAACUAUAUACUCUUAGCCCAGCAGAAUACUCUGUCCUAUCUCGGGGCCUCUCCUUCUGCCCCUCCACCCCCACAAACAUGAUAUAGUUCUGCGGUGACCUAGAAUCCUAUUUUUGACGUCUCUGACUCAAGGAAUAUUUCCAACACACCUCUGAACAACAUACUAACCCACAGAGACCUUCCUACCAAGACUACAAAAAGAAGGAUUCUGGGUGGACUCCUCCUGAAGGUCGAAACAACAGACUGGACUUCUACAUAGAGUGCUUCCGCCAACGUGCACGGGCUGAAAUUGUGGAAAAGCAGCAUCACUUGCCCCAUAACCUCAGCCGUGCAGAACACAAUGCCAUCCACAGCCUCAGAAACAACUCUGACAUCAUAAUCAAAAAGGCUGACAAAGGAGGUGCUGUCGUCAUCAUGAAUAGGUCGGAAUAUGAACAAGAGGCUGCUAGGCAGCUCUCCAACACCACUUUCUACAAGCCAUUACCCUCUGAUCCCACUGAGGGUUACCAAAAGAAAUGACACCAUCUGCUCAAGAAACUCCCUGGAAAAAGCACAAGAACAAAUCCACACAGACAUACCCCUAGAACCCUGACCAGAGGUAUUCUAUCUGCUACCCAAGAUCCAUAAACCUGGAAAUCCUGGACACCCCAUCAUCUCAGGCAUUGGCAUCCUGACAGCAGGAUUGUCUGGCUAUGUAGACUCCCUCCUCAGGCCCUACGCUACCAGCACUCCCAGCUAUCUUUGAGACACCACUGACUUCCUGAGGAAACUACAAUCCAUCGGUGAUCUUCCUGAAAACACCAUCCUAGCCACUAUGGAUGUAGAAGCCCUCUACACCAACAUUCCACACAAAGAUGGACUACAGGCUGUCAGGAACAGUAUCCCCGAUAAUGUCACAGCAAACCUGGUGGCUGAACUUUGUGACUUUGUCCUCACCCAUAACUAUUUCACAUUUGGGGACAAUGUAUACCUUCAAAUCAGCGGCACUGCUAUGGGUACCCGCAUGGCCACACAGUAUGCCAACAUUUUUAUGGCUGACUUAGAACAACACUUCCUCAGCUCUCGUCCCCUAAUGCCCCUACUCUACUUGCGCUACAUUGAUGACAUCUUCAUCAUCUGGACCCAUGGAAAAGAAGCCCUUGAGGAAUUCCACCACGACUUCAACAAUUUCCAUCCCACCAUCAACCUCAGCCUGGACCAGUCCACACAAGAGAUCCACUUCCUCGACACUACGGUGCUAAUAAGCGAUGGUCACAUAAACUCCACCCUAUACCGGAAACCUACUGACCGCUAUACUUACCUGCAUGCCUCCAGCUUUCAUCCAGACCACACCACACGAUCCAUUGUCUACAGCCAACCUCUACGAUACAACCGCAUUUGCUCCAACCCCUCAGACAGAGACAAACACCUACAAGAUCUCUAUCAAGCAUUCUUACAACUACAAUACCCACCUGCUGAAGUGAAGAAACAGACUGACAGAGCCAGAAGAGUACCCAGAAGUUACCUAUUACAGGACAGGCCUAACCAAAAAAAAAUAACAGAACGCCACUAGCCAUCACCUUCAGCCCCCAACUAAAACCUCUCCAACGCAUCAUCAAGGAUCUACAACCUAUCCUGAAGGAUGACCCAUCACUCUCACAGAUCUUGGGAGACAGGCCAGUCCUUGCUUACAGACAGCCCCCCAACCUGAAGCAAAUACUCACCAGCAACCACACACCACACAACAAAAACACUAACCCAGGAACCUAUCUUUGCAACAAAGCCCGUUGCCAACUGUGUCCAUAUAUCUAUUCAGGGGACACCAUCAUAGGGCCUAAUCACAUCAGCCACACUAUUAGAGGCUCGUUCACCUGCACAUCCACCAAUGUGAUAUAUGCCAUCAUGUGCCAGCAAUGCCCCUCUGCCAUGUACAUUGGGCAAACUGGACAGUCUCUACAUAAAAGAAUAAAUUGACACAAAUCAGACAUCAAGAAUUAUAACAUUCAAAAACCAGUCGGAGAACACUUCAAUCUCUUUCGUCACUCAAUUACAGACCUAAAAGUUGCAAUUCUUCAACAAAAAAACUUCAAAAACAGUCUCCAAUGAGAGACUGCUGAAUUGGAAUUAAUUUGCAAACUGGAUACAAUUAACUUAGGCUUGAAUAAAGACUGGGAGUGGAUGGGUUAUUACACAAAGUAAAACUAUUUCCCCAUGUUUAUUCCCCCUCCCCCUUCCUCAGACUUUGUCAACUGCUGGAAAUGGCCCACCUUGAUUAUCACUAUAAAAGGUUCCCUCCCCCACCCCACGCUGGUAAUAGCUCACCUUACCUGAUCACUCUCGUUACAGUGUGUAGGGUAACACCCAUUGUUUCAUGUUCUCUGUGUACAUAAAUCUCCCCACUGUAUUUUCCACUGAAUGCAUCUGAUGAAGUGAGCUGUAGCUCAUGAAAGCUUAUGCUCAAAUAAAUUUGUUAGUCUCUAAGGUGCC